CGUUCUGAGGGAAAGAAGAGCAGAACUACAGUGCAAGUAGGAGAGAAUGGCGAACGCAGAUGUCGAAGCCGUGGACUUCGAGCCCGAAGAGGACGACCUCAUGGACGAAGACGGAGCUGUGGACGUUGAAACUUCGCCGAGAGCUCCUCUUCCGAAGCUCAAAUCUGCCAUCACUGGUGGUUCAUCCUCGUUGUCUGGUCCAAAGAAGACCAAAGGUAGAGGUUUUCGAGAAGAAACCGACGCGGAACGCAAUAGUCGCUUCGCCGCCAAUAAUUUCGAAUCCUUGGACUCGGAUGGCGGCCCCGGUCCCCAACGAUCUAUUGAGGGAUGGAUUAUUUUGGUUACCGGGGUACACGAGGAGGCACAAGAGGAUGAUCUCCAGAAUGCCUUUGGUGAAUUUGGGGAGAUUAGGAACUUGCAUCUAAAUCUUGAUCGUCGCACGGGAUUUGUGAAGGGAUAUGCAUUAAUUGAAUAUGAGAAUUUUGAGGAAGCUCAGGCUGCAAUAUCUGCAAUGAAUGGAACUGAGCUUCUCACUCAGAUUGUCUCUGUCGAUUGGGCCUUCAGUAAUGGACCUUACAGAAAGAGGAACAUGAGGAGGAGAUCACCGCGUGGACACCGUUCAAGGAGUCCUAGGAGGAGGUACUGAGACAGUGCUAAGGUGCCAUUUGGUUUGUGGUUGUGGGGUUGGAAUUUAGAAUCGUGAUGAAAGAUUUCGGUUGAUACUUAAGCACUUGGUUGUGGCAUUUUUUUUUAAUGCGGGACUAGCUUGUAGUUUUUUGUCUAAAGCCUGUCUUAACCCAUUUCUUAAUUUUUCUUUGUAUUCCUCUUCUUUAAAACAUAUGGUGUCUGGAUGCCGUGCUGUUCCCUUGAAAUAUGUAAAAUGGAAAAUCUAAUGCUGAGUUAAAUUAAAUACUUAGAAUUUGUUACAGAUACUGGUAAAUUGCCUGGAUUCAGUGCUCAGAUGCUAAUUUUCUUCAUUUUGGUUA